CCCCACUCGGCACUGGACGGCAGCGGCAUGGCGCUCCGGGGAGCCUGCCUGCUCCUCUGCCUCCUCUCCCUCGCCCACGUCUCCAGCCAGCAAAAUGGCAAAGUCCGGCAAAAGCCAGCGGCUUCCAAGAAAGAUGGUGUGAGCCUCAAAAUGAUUGAAGACCUGAAGGCCAUGAUUGACAACAUCUCUCAGGAGGUUGCUCUACUGAAGGAAAAGCAAGCACUCCAGACAGUUUGCCUGAAAGGCACCAAAAUUCACCUAAAAUGCUUCCUUGCAUUCUCGGAGACCAAGACGUACCACGAGGCCAGCGAAAACUGCAUCUCCCAGGGCGGUACGCUCAGCACCCCGCAGAAUGGGGAGGAGAACGAUGCCCUCUACGACUACAUGCGCAAGAGCAUCGGCUCCGAGGUGGAGAUCUGGCUGGGCCUCAAUGACAUGGCAGCGGAGGGCAGGUGGGUCGACAUGACGGGUGGCCCCAUCCGCUACAAGAACUGGGAGACUGAAAUCACCACCCAGCCCGACGGCGGCAAGCUGGAAAACUGCGCAGCCUUGUCGGGGGCCGCCGGCGGCCAGUGGGUCCACAAGGGGAUUCCCCCUCCGUCUGCCAGUUCAUGAUCGUGUAGUAGCGG